AUGUCACAUCCAAAUUAUCCUCAAAGUAACGUGUCGAAAUUUAACGAUUAUGAUCCAGAAAAAUAUGCACUUGAUGACGUUUCACCUACAGUAAUAGUUGACGAGAGUUUAAUUCCAAACCAACCUCCAUCUUUGACACAGCGCGCCGUCGGAAAGUUUCUGCAGCCUCUAACGAAACAGUUGGUUGAAGUACCACCUAGACCUACUAUUGAUGAGUUGCCGGAUGCAGUAAUUGACAAUAUGGUUAGGAAGGACAAAGCAUUUUGGGUUGAUAAGCCUGGUACUAAUGCUUACACUUUGCAUGAUGCUUAUUAUAAUUCUGGUAUGGCUACCCAAAAAGUAAUGCCACGGUUGGUCGUCCAUUUAAAAAUGAAGCUUGUAGGUGGUAUAAUGAAAAUUAUCCUACUGUGAAGUAUGAUUGUAUUUUACGCAAAUUUUCAAAAUAAAUACUUACCUACAAUAAACCCAAGGCUCUAAACUAUUA